GCAGCGGGUGGAUUGCUCGGCGCUCCGCGGUUCCCUGGCUGCGCGCGCAGGCGGUGGGCCUUUCGCUUCCGGCCGCGAUAGCGUCGGCGCUGGCCAGAGGGAUCCCAGCGGUCGACCUCCCGGAGCGGCAUGCGGCGCUGAGGCGCGGUGGAUCCCGCGGCGCCAUGAACCUCCUGCCCUGCAACCCGCAUGGCAACGGGCUGCUCUACGCCGGCUUCAACCAGGACCAUGGAUGCUUUGCGUGUGGGAUGGAAAAUGGAUUCCGAGUCUAUAACACCGAUCCACUGAAGGAAAAAGAGAAGCAAGAAUUUCUAGAAGGAGGAGUUGGCCAUAUUGAAAUGUUGUUUCGCUGCAACUAUUUAGCUUUAGUUGGUGGUGGGAAAAAGCCAAAAUACCCUCCAAACAAAGUGAUGAUCUGGGAUGACCUGAAGAAGAAAACUGUGAUUGAAAUAGAAUUUUCUACCGAAGUCAAGGCUGCCAAAUUACGGCGAGAUAGAAUUGUGGUGGUUUUGGACUCUAUGAUCAAAGUGUUUACAUUCACACAUAAUCCCCAUCAGUUACACGUCUUUGAAACCUGCUAUAACCCUAAAGGUCUCUGUGUCCUGUGCCCCAACAGUAACAACUCACUCCUGGCCUUCCCGGGCACGCACACGGGCCACGUGCAGCUUGUGGACCUGGCCAGCACCGAGAAGCCACCGGUGGACAUUCCUGCCCACGAGGGCGUCCUGAGCUGCAUUGCUCUCAAUCUGCAGGGAACAAGAAUUGCGACCGCCUCUGAGAAAGGGACCCUUAUACGAAUAUUUGAUACUUCAUCAGGGCAUUUAAUCCAGGAACUACGAAGAGGAUCUCAAGCAGCUAAUAUUUAUUGCAUUAACUUCAAUCAGGACGCUUCCCUCAUCUGUGUGUCCAGUGACCACGGCACGGUGCACAUUUUUGCAGCCGAAGAUCCGAAAAGGAAUAAACAAUCAAGUUUGGCAUCGGCCAGUUUCCUUCCAAAAUACUUCAGUUCCAAGUGGAGUUUCUCCAAGUUUCAGGUCCCCUCAGGCUCUCCAUGCAUUUGUGCCUUUGGAACAGAGCCAAACGCUGUCAUUGCGAUCUGUGCGGACGGCAGCUACUACAAGUUCCUGUUCAACCCCAAGGGAGAGUGCGUCCGGGACGUGUAUGCGCAGUUCCUGGAGAUGACGGACGACAAGCUUUGACCCUUGACCGGGAGCACGAGCACCGUGGCCCCUAGGCGCCCAGCGGCCCCUCGAGCUCCUGGGGCUGGUGAUGAUGGGCCGGAGGGACGGCCCGGGACCUUGUCGUGAAGCCACUCAUGGCUGUUUUCCGAAGCCAGGCCUCCUGAGUCCAGUGUUAAAGGAAGAAUCAAUGGGGCACAGGGACACUCCCGCCUGACCGCCGGCUUCACCAUUCGCUUCAGUGGUUCUGCCGCAUCCGCCACCUGCAGCCAGGGCUCUGGACAAACUGGGGGCACGUUGAGAAAAGGAGGGACAACGUGAAAUUCAUUUGUGGCGCCAGAUUCCAUCCUUUUUGCUGAGUUUGUGAUGGAGAGGUGAACACACGUGCAAUCUUGGUUCUUUCUCACCAGAUAGAAGUGGGAUUAUCACACCGGCAGCCUUAGGAGGAGGAGGGAGGAAGCCCUUCUCCCGUCUAAACUGAAGAAAGUUUAGAGCUCACAGGCUUGGUGUCUCCCUCAGGAGCCACAUAUCACAUGUCCCCCUCUUGUUGGCGCCAUUGAAGUUGAGGCAGCGCCAGGCCUACCCCGUGAACUGCACCUGUGGCCUCCUGGCAACACUGGGUCAAAGGGAGUUCCCCUUUACUCGUAGGGAACAGAGUAACGCGUAGACUUUAAAACUGAGUCACAAAAGAACGCAUCGCUUAAUUCGGAGGAUACGAAGGGAAACCGGCGUCUGAACAAAGCAGCGCCCGGUCCUGUGGGCUUUGGCCGGCCGCUUCCACUUCCCUCUCUCACCGUCUUCUCUCCCUGUUUUUAAGAAUAGCUGCACACUAACAUUCUGGGAAUGAGAGGCACAUACUUUUUUUUAACAUUUGGUAACUAAAAUAGGUUAUGGGCUCUAUAUUGUUAGUACUACUUGAGGUAUAUAUUUAAUUUUCUUAAAUUCCCUUUAAACUUAAUUUUGUUUUGAUUUCAGGUUGCAAACAUUAAAAUCUACAGCUGCAAGCUCUCAGUUUGCCAGUUCUUUUACUGUCAUAUAAUCAACUAACUUUGUCUGUGGAUUUCAAUGUAAAGUAUGCAUGUUACUUUUAUGUGUAUUUAAUCAUGAAAUUUAAUUUUGCACACUUAUUUGUAACGUUUCUUUUAAAUAAACGUGGCUAAUUUUGUUGUAUUCUGUACCCGUCAAGGGAAGAGAAUUGUAUGUUAUAAAACCAUAGCCCGUUUUGUUGGACUGGACUGCAGGCUGCAGGAACGGCCCGGUGUGCUUCAUGGCCUGAACUAUCCGAGGCCGCGUGGGGGCCGGGGGCCGGUGGCAGCCCAGCUCUGGGAGCAGAGAGGAGAGUGGUGUUCCCUAGCAGUGUCCGUUGUCUCUGGUCAGGAGGCUCUGCCUGAGGUCUCUGGGGGAAAGCGUGGUGUUGGGCCACCCAUCAGUGUCUCUAACAACAGCCUUAACUUUGGGCCCAGGAGUGAGAGGGGGUAUUUCACAUCUGUAUGAUCACUAGUUUAUAUUUUCCCCAGUAUGAUGCCUUUAGUGUAUCCAAAUACACAUUAAAGUAGGAAAAGAGUUUUGCAAAGGUUGGUGUCAUGGUGAGUGGAGAUGCUGCAAGCUGGUGAGGAAAGCUGGGCUGAGUGAGAAACCAGCUCACUGGCCCUGGGAGAGGCCAUGCCCGGGAACAUUCCAUAUCCAGGAUGUUCUGGCACGUCCAUUAAGAGUCCACAGUGUGGGAGCAGGUGCAGGCUCUGCCGCCCCAGGCACAGCCUUGCAUGCUUUGUAAAAUGACAGGACAGGGACACCUGGGUGGUGUGUGAGCGACCCCCAUUGAGAGGCUCUGGUUUGUCUCCUCGGGGGUUUCCCCUCGGGGUGGUGACAACACCGCAUCUUGCCUGGGAAGUGCCCUGGAUGAGGCUCCUGGAGGGCAGGCUGAGGUCUGGAAGGCCGAGGCGGCACAGCACUGUCCACCCUCCUUAGGGAGGUGGCGGGAAGAGCUGUCCCUGGCCAGUGGGCUGUUGGGUGAACCGUCCUCGGUUCAUUUAAGGACAGCAGCAGACUUGGUUUCUCAAACUGAUAACCACUGAUUUAUUGCCUAAUGUAGGGAAAGCAUGUUGUUCUCAGCCAGGGCCACCUCUACUUCCCCUCUUGGCUGAAUCCUGCCGGCCCCUGAACGUGGGUGCGAAGGGGCCGGUGUGAGAGUCUCGUGUCCAGGGCUCCCCCAAGCCCCACUUGGCGGCUGGGCUGGAUCAGCCUGAUUCGUGUGUCCCCCAAGUGUCUGUGUGAACAUUCAGGAGCCAUCUCUUGGGGCCCCCGCACUGCGCUCUCCUGCCUGCUCUCCAGGCUGUGGACGGGCGGUGGGGGCUGGGGGGAGGGCUCCAGUGUGUCUGGUGGGGACAGAGCCCUCCUAGCCCUGCAGCCUCGCCCCCACCCACGCCCCCGGCUCGUCUGUCCCAUUAGUCUUCAGUGCUCACCAUGGCCUGGGAGGGUGGGGCCCACUCCCCUCCUUACUUUGCAGCUUGUGAGACCAAAGCUUCUCAUGUUUGCAUUUCCUUUCUGCAACCAAACCAAACUUGUAGGUGAUUUCACACAACUUGGUCCCUGGCCUCUUUUCUGUCUGUAAAAGUAUUUCAUCAAUUUUAGUACUUUUGGAACUUGUGCUGAAAUUUUAGUCUUCCAAAUGGAUCAUAAAAUACUAAUCACAAUACAAAAUGUUCACUAUAAGGUGAACAUAUAGAAGAAUAUGAAGUGGGAAUCAACAUCACCCUGAGUUGCCUCCAGAGACGAUGACCUUUAGAACCCCCAUGCCUUUGGGGGUGAAGUCUGUGAUUCUCAGUCGCAUUAUUGGGACCAUUCUUUUAAUGUUUCACAAUGCAAGAACGUGUCAGGACGUACUAUAAUUGCCCAAAGAUGCCUACUUGUAGUUUUUGCUUUUAUAAACAUUUGGAAAUGGAAAUCCUUGUGCAUACAUGUUUACACACUUAUCCAUCUAUUUCUUUGGAUAAUAGAACUGGAAUUGCCAGGCCAGAGGAUCUGUGUGUGUAAGAUUUAUCAUGCCUGCCAUGAUUGUGUCAACUUCAAUAACUGACACCUCAUCCUCACCAGAAGGUUCUGAGCACAAGCUUUUUAAUCUUUGAUGGAGAAAAAAGAUCUCCAAUUUUUAGCCAGGUUGAGCAUUUUGGAAUAUAUUUGCUGGCCAUGUGAAAUUAUUUUGUAUAUUGCUUACUUGUGCCUUUGCUUAUUUUUCUGUUGGUGUAUUUUGUUUAUAAGGACUUUAAAAAUAAUCACCCCAUGUCAUUUUUUUCACUUUGUGUUUGCUUCAGUUUGAGGGGUUUUACUUUGCUGUGUAUCUUGAAUUUUUACCUAGUCUGAUUGAUCAGCCUUUUUCCUUUAUGGUUUCUAGUAUUGGCUCAUGAUUAAAACAAAACGCUUUUCACUGGG